AUGUCUGCUGUUACUUCCAAAGGGGAAACUCAUUCGGGCGCAAGGGAGGUUCUCGCGGCGGCGACAGAAUUUUUCAGGGACUCAUUUGGCGGGAGUGUGGAGACAAGCACGCGGGGGUCGGAGCCGAGAGCCAUGAGCCGGACGCUGUGUGAAGCCAGCCGUAAUGCCUUCAGUGCGCCAUGGUCGGAGGAAGAAGUUCGGACGGCGGUGCGAGAGCUGGCCCCAGGGAAGUCGCCCGGACAAGACGGCCUUCCCAAGGAACUCUUCGAACACAACUGGGAUCUGCUCGGCCCAGUGCUGAUGGAGUUCGUCGGCGACUUCACACGGUCGGCGGAGCUUCCCCGAGAUAUCUCAACCGCGGUCACGAUCCUGCUGCAUAAGAAGGGGAGCAAGGAGGAGUUAGGUAACUAUAGGCCAAUCACGCUGCUGAGCACGAUCUACAAAGUACUGGCGAAAGUAAUGGCGACAAGGUUUAAGAAGGUGUUGCACGAGGUGAUUUCGGAGGAACAGGUGGGUUUCUUACCCGGACGGAAGCUGGCUGACGCUGUUGCGGUGGUGGCUGACGCAAUCGAGGCAGGGGCCACUGGUGGGAAGGAUUGGUUUCUGCUGAUGGUCGAUUUCCAGAAGGCCUUCGACUCCAUCUCGAGGCCCUUCCUCUUCAGCACGUUGCGAGGGAUGGGAGUUCCGGAGGUCUUUGUGUCUUGGGCAGAGGGUCUGCACACAGGAGCAGGAACGAGACUGCACAUUAACGGUUGGACAGGCGACAGAGUUGCGGUAGAACGGGGGGUUCGGCAAGGCUGCCCGCUGGCACCAUACCUGUUUUUGUGCGCGGUGGAGCCGCUCUGCCAGGAGUUUGAGCAGCGGAGGCUGGGUGUCGGGGACGGGGGAGCGGAGAGGCUGGCGUAUCUGGGUUACGCCGACGACACGUCGCUCCUGCUACACGGAGAAGAACAGCUGGCAGCCACAGCGGAAGCACUGGAAAAUUUUGGGGAGAUAUCGGGGCUGAAGGUUAACAAGGACAAAACGGUGGUGUUCCCGCUCGGGAAAAACAGAGGGAGACUCCCGCCGGCGGACUUGCAGUACAAAUGGGUUGAUAAGGAUGCACCGGAGAGGCUGCUGGGUGUCUGGAUCACCCCGAACGGCGAUCCACUCCCGUCCUGGGAAAAGGUGUUAGACAGGGCACGUAAAGAAUUAGCCAAAUGGGAGAUUCAGCACCUAACUACAUCGGCAAGAGUCACGAUAAUCAACGGCUAUAUCUCGCCCAUUUUCAUGUUUCAAGCCUACAUUUACCCGCCGCCGGCGGAGAUAUGGACAAAGAUCAAGAGGAUCUGUCACAACUUCGUGUCGGGAGGCGAGGUGACAGAAGAGAAGGCCUUCAUUCUCUGGAACUACGAGCUGAUCUGCACACCAAGGGAGGAGGGGGGGCUGGGAAUGAUCUGCCCCAAGAAACGGUUCGACAGCAUAGCGGUGCAGAAUGUUGGGCGCAUGAUGCUGCAGGCAGCCUCAGUCAAGAAGUGGCUGACGGAACAGGCAGCGACGAUGCCCUUGGGCCCGGACACGAUUUACGCCCACCACUCCCUGCUAAAGCACUGGACGAAGGGCAGCAAGCGGUGGAAGGAUAUGGUGCGAGCGUUUUGGAAAUCGCCUUUCUGCGUCACACCGGAACCAGAGAAUCGCUGGGAGGUGGAGCGAGAGCAGCUGGCUUUCAACAGACGCAUACCUUUCCGGGGGAGCAGCCCCUUCGGGAACCAGAAAGGCUCGCUACGCUUACUGGGGCUGACGAUGGGCGACCUGAUCUGGCGACGGGAGGACGGCUCGCGGAAGCUGAAAGGCGAAGACACUCUGACAAGCGAGCUCGGUAGCGCAGAGACAGCAAAGCUGGCUCUGAAAGCUUUCAGGGUGGCGCCAGCCAGAUGGAAGGAAUUACUGCUGGAAACCCUGACGAGCGGAGAGAUCGCGGCUAAAGUCCCUCUGCUGCAGCACCAGAGAAAUGGUGCUUCACGCCCUACGCUCUGGAAAGUUAGCGGCACGGACAACGGCAAGGUGGUGGGGGUGUUGUGUCAUGAAGGCGCUGACGGAAAUUUCACAGUCGGGAGCGGUAAACACCCGGUCCACUUCGGGCUGCAAAGCGGGGAGCCGGUGGCAGCUGCGGGGGACAAGGUGUUGGGGCUAAUGGGUGAGGCGCGGACGAAAUUGCUGCAGUCCAAGCUAGGCAAGGACGGGGUGGUGCUGCCACUGAAAGAGAUUAGGAAGGAGCUGGUUAGCUCGGCAGGCACGCAAGUGGCGGCACGGAAACACGGCGUGGCUGCCUGGGAUGAUGAAUGGAAGCACCUGGCGGCAGAUGAGGCGGUUGUGAUGAAGCGGAUAUGCAGCAAAGGAAUACCGCUGACGUGGAGGCACAUCUUCAGCUCUAUCUAG